CAGAAUGAAGACGAAGAAGACGAUGACGAUGAUCACGUGACCCCGGAAGCUUUGAACCGCCUUAGAGCAGCGGCGUCUUAGCAACUUCAUUCUGGCGGGAGUCGAACCGUGUGUCAGAUCGACAUAUUAACCACAAUUCUCGACAACCACCACCACCACCACCACCACCACCACCACCACCACCACCACCGCCAACGGGACAAGAAAAGGAAAUAGAGAGAGAGAGAAAAAAAAAAGAACUAAACGAGAGAGAGAGACAGAGAGAGAGAAAAAGAAAGAGAGAGAAAGAGAGAGAAAAUGAGUAAGAGAUAAUGUUGGUAGCGAAGACUGGGAAGGAAUAGAGCAAAUAAAAGAGAGAAAGAGAGAUAGAGAAAGAUAAAGACAGAGAGAAAGAGAAAGAGAGAGAGAGAGAAAGAAAGAGAGAAAAAUAAUAAAUAGAGAAACAGAGAGAGAAAGAAAGAGUUAGUGUGAUAAUGAAAAAUGGCCACCACUACUACUACUACUACUACUACUACUACUACUACUACUGCUGCUACUACUACUACUACUACUACUACUGCCACCAUUCUCUCCAGACACUUCCUACAUCUUGCUAUUCUGCUGUGGCUAGCUAAUGGAGGCGUGGCGUUGAAGUGGGUGCGGUUCAGCGUGCCGGCGUGGACGAAGAGAGGUCAGGACGCCGUGUUGACCUGCCAGUUUGACCUUGAAGGGGAGAGGCUGUACUCGGUCAAGUGGUACAAGGCAGGGAGGGAAUUCUACCGCUAUGUUCCUGGUGAUUGGCCUCCACAGCAGCAGUUCCCCCAGCACGGUAUCUCUGUCGAUGAAGCGCAGAGUGACCACCAGACAGUGUUGCUACGGGAGGUGACGAUGGAGGCUGAUGGCAGGUACAAAUGUGAGGUGCUGACGGAGGCUCCACACUUCAGAACACUGGUGAAGAGUGCAGCCAUGAGGGUUGUGGAGUUACCCCAGGGAGCGCCGCGGGUGGAGGGAGGCCAGGAGGAGUACCGGCUGGGGGAGGGUGUGAACCUUACCUGUACCGUGCCCAGCUCUGUACCGUCAGUAGCCCUCACCUGGUUCAUUAAUGGCCAGGAGGUGCCACAAGACUACCUGAGUCAGUACGUGCCUGAUGUGGACAUGAAGGGCCGGGGAGAGCCUCGUCUGGGCCUCACCUUCAGACUGGAGCGGUGGCACGUGGAGGGCGGUCAGGUGGAGCUGCGGUGUGAGGGGCGCAUCUCUCGUGUGUACCGUGAGGAGGCCGUGCAGAGGAGUACCGUUGUGCAGCCCCUGGUACCGGCACUACUUGAAGAUCAGCCCGCGGGAGUGUCUAGAGGCGGAAAAGAAAACGAGAGUCACGCGCAGCAGCUCCUCUUGUUGACGCUGAUGAUGAUGAUGAUACUUUGAUCCCGCUGUCACUGCCCCGCCUCCGCCGCCGCCGCCACCCCCACCACCAUCGCCAGCACACCGCCACUGUCACGCUACUGUCCGCUCGCUUGCCAGGUCUGAGAGAGAGAGAGAGAGAGAGAGAGAGAGAGAGAGAGAGAGAGAGAUUGAUUUAUUGACAAACUCAUACACAAAAUUGACAUUAUACACUUGUAACUUACAAAUAUUUGUCCAAAUUUUUUUUUCUACCAGUUAUAUUACAUAAACAAACUCUCUCGAAUAUUAUCACGGUUCUUAUUUAUAUAAAUGUAACACUUCAUGUAUAUAUUCGCAUAAGUUGCGUUCCCUUCCACCAGAGCCCAUUAAGUUAUAAAAACUGGAAGAAUCUAACAUAUACUUCUGUCUCAAUUGUCCAGAAAGUGUACAAUGCAACAACACAUGUGCUUCACUUUGAAUGACAUUGUCUGGACAUGAACACAGUCUGAGUUCUUUUGGUAUUGCAUUCCUUCUCCCAGUUUCAAUUUUUAGAUUAUGUGACAUCAAACACAAUCUACUGAAGGAUUGGCGUUUAUAAUCAGGGAUAAAAUCCUUACAAGUAUAAACUGAAUGGACCAAAAGGUCUGGGUUAAGUUCUGUUCUAUAUGAC